AUCAAAACGAGGUCCAAAGCAACCGUUUAAACUUCCUCAUUUUCUACUGGAACCCCACCAUUGGAUUCUUCUAGAAAAAAACUUUUGAGAGAGAGAGAGAGUUUCAGAGAUGGAUCCGGAUCUCUCGCUCCUGGAGAUCUCGGACGAAGACGAUUCUCUGCUGCUUCAGAUUCCAAACGACGACGCUUCGAUGCUUAGCACCAACAACAACAACAACAACAACGGCAAUAACAACAACUAUUUCUUGUGCUCGCCUCUCCAAAUCCACGGAUCCAAGCGUUCCGUUCAUCCUCCUCCUCUUGGCCCUCCACUUGUGGAGAGUAAGGUAGGCGGUGAGAAUGCUGAAAAACCCUGCUCUUCAUUGCUAACAGAUGGUAUUAACAAAGAGAACAUUAACGCAAACAAAUCAGAAGUUCCAAAACUCAGUAUGGAGCCGCAGCAAAUGAAGAGGAGGAAAAAGGGUGGAGGAUACAAUUUACGGAAAAGUUUAGCAUGGGACCGAGCCUUUUUUACUGAAAAAGGUGUUUUGGAUCCCGUAGAGCUAUCUAUGAUUAGUGGAGGUUUUAGCAAGGUUGGUGAGGAAAUGUUGCCUUGUAUCCCUGAAGAAGGGAGAGAAUCGUUGUCUGGUGUAUUGGAUUGUACACGUGAUUCCGCAGAUCUGCAAGCACUUGAAGAAAACUUGUUCAAGGAAUUGUCGUCAAGUUCUAUGAAAAAAGAUAGAAAGAGAGGUGGUUGCUUGUUGCCGAAGCAUGGUUCAAGUGCUAGAGAUAAUGUGUCCCCAGCAGCAGAAGCCAAGGCAAAGGUGCUUUCAGCCCAUGAGAUUAAUAGAAGUGGGUCUAAACGCAGUGGAUGCCCGCGACCGGUGGUUUCCUCUUCAUAUCCUUGCUAA